ACACAGCUGCCAAAAAUGGGUUGUGCCAGCAGCACACCAAUGGUGGCUACGGCUGGCAGUGAAUUGCUUAAAACGGCUUCACAUGUUGCUGACAAUGUUAAGGAAAAUGCCGAAGCAGCUGUCGAAGGCGUUACUCACACGUUGGGGGAUACAAUAGGUGGUGGAGGCAUAGGGACUGCCGUUACCGGAAUUACAAGUGAUUUGGCUGAAGCAAUCAAGGAUGGCACCGAAGGCCUAAACCAAGCGCGACACAAGAUCAUGGAGAGCUUGCAUUUGGAGGCACCAUCGUUAAAUAAACUCGACGGAGAAGCAAAAGACGCACAUGGAACAGACGAGUCAAGCACAUCGCGCGCUCCUACACCGACCAUCGAUGGGAAAACAGACGCUGACAGUUUAAAAACGUCCACUCCCGAACCGGAAAUUGAGCGAGCCUUGGCUAAUAGCACAAUAAACACAGAAGAGAGCGCACCCACCCCAGAGCCCACCGUGGCAGAGUUUGCUCAUCUAAGUGCGGAAGUGGCAGCCAGUACCGUAACAGGUGGGUCAACAGGCUUCAGGGAAAAUGAAACGGAUGCGACUGCGACUGCAACUGCGACUGCAACUGCGACUGCAACGACAGUGGCGGGAGAGCAACUGUGGCACCGCAAAAGUGAGCAACAGCAGCAGCAGCAGCAGCAGCAGGACCAGGAUCAGGAUCAACGUCGUCCCAACACCACUGAAUGGGAAAAAUUUGCUGAUCAAUUAGCGCAUAGUCGUAAAUUCAAACCUUACGAGAGUUUUGCCCACGGCAAAAAUAAAUUUUCCGUUUAUCAAGAUUACACCAGCCUACGCGAUAAGCCUGGCCACUACGAUGGAAACUUUAGCGAUGGAAAUACGCUCAGUAGCCUAUCCCAGUCCAGCUUAUCCAGCGCCCAUUUGACGCCCGCCAAUUUAACACCGGCAUCCUCGCGUCGCAGUCAACGUGAAUUCGCCAAACUGGUGGCUUGUGAGCAGCCGGCCAGUGUGUCACGUGCCAGUUCAAGGCUGUCGAAUGCAACUGUUAGAACCUUUGACUAUAAUCCACAACGCGAACGUGUUAGCUUACCCAUAACGACGCAGAGGGCGGCUAAGGCGACCAAGGUAAAAUUGAGUGGCAAGGACGGUCGUUUAGGCUCUUCGACCUACCGAGUCCCAGUUGUGGCUGAACACAAAAAUUCAUGGGUCAAACCUGUAGAUGUUCGAACGAAGCCAGUGCAUCAUCUCAAGCGCCUGAGUACAAGUAAAAAAUCGAAGGAAUGUUCUGCGCAAAAUGUACUGGCACAACCUCCCGGUCGUCAUUCCAUUGAAUUGGAAUCCAUUCUAUCUAUGACUCCGGGUCAAUAUGAAUCUCGCUCAUAUACUCCGGACAUCAAGGACAAGAGAAGUGUCAAGUCUACAAUCAAAAAGAAACCAAAAUAUUAUGGCCCCGAGCCCGCAAUCAAAGAAAAUUUCAAAGUUAAAGUUCCUGAAACACCCACUACCUCUCCCAUGCCCAUACAAGAGACGACAGAGAGCAUAAAAGUGAAGGGCGGUAAUCUUCCACCAUCUCUAUUCUCUCCAAUAGUUAAUUAUAAGAAUUCUCUUACUUCGCAAUCCACUCCCCGAAAACCCCGUUCAGCGCUUCGAAGCCCUAAAAAAGAAACCAAAUCUAUUGAAAAAUCUAGCAGAGCAUCAACACCAGGUGUAGAGUCACCAUCACGAGCUUCGUGCUCUUCAUCAGCUAGCAGUGAAGAGGUGGUCAUUCGGUCCACAUUUCAUACACCAAGCACUGUGUCUUUAUCACCCGAUCAAGUUCAGAUUAUUAAGUACAAAGACACCGAUGUGGAAACAACUCCGAUCCGUAUUAAAGGUUUUCAGGAAUCCACAUCUACUUUGAAAUUUUCCCAAUUCCUUUAUAUACAAUCUUCGCCAAGCGCAUUGCGUCGUGCCUCAAAUACCUCAUUCCUUAGCUCAUCGCCCACUCCGUCGUGGGGCUUAAGAAAAGACUACGGCAAUAAAGAAUUAAGGCCUUGGAGUAAAGCAGAAUUAAAUCUAGUACCACCAAGUCAAGAAAAAUCUCCGUCUUUACCUUAUAAUGUACAGGAACGAUGCGAGAUUUGUUGUAAUGAAUAUGUGAUAAAUUAA